GGAUGUUGCUGCAGCCAAGCCUAUACCCUCUGACUGUCUUCUUCUGCUUUGCAGCAGGAGGAGGUGGCCGAGCAGCUAGUGGGCAGUUGGCGCCCCCCACUACUCAAGCCUCCGCCCCAGAAACUAGCCGCGCACCGCACGGGCUCACCAUGAUCGCCACCGGUGGCCUACUGAGGAUUUCUGCCAGAAAGCAGGAUCCCCUCCGGCCCCCAAGCCAGGUCCCCAAACGCAAGCGGAAAGCCAAAAAAAGGCGCAAGAACGACGUGGUGGUGGUGAAAGGCAAGCUAAAGCUGUGCUCCAUCUCGGGGCUCAUUGCCCUCUGCGGGAUCCUGGUGCUGCUGGUGGGCAUAGCCAUGGCGGUGGUGGGCUACUGGCCCAAGGCCAACGGGGCCAAUAGGGAAGGGGGUAAGCAGCUGCCGCCCGCAGGCAGCGGCCACCGCGUCCCGACCACGGCCAGUGGCAGCAGCAGUGGGAGCAAAAACCGGUCCAGGAGCCACCUGGGGACUCCGGGGGGUGUCAACUCCAGUUCGGUGGGUGUGCCCCGAAGCACCCCUCCAGCGCGGUCAGCCUCCCCUUCGUCUUCCUCCACGUCCGUGGGUUUCUUCUUCCGCAUCUUCUCCGGAUACCUGCACUCCGACAAGCUCAAGGUCUUCGGGCCCCUCAUCAUGGGCAUAGGCAUCUUCCUCUUCAUCUGCGCCAACGCGGUGCUCCACGAGAACCGAGACAAGAAGACCAAGAUCAUCAACCUGCGGGACCUCUACUCCACCGUCAUCGACGUGCACAGCCUUCGCGCUAAAGACCUGGCGGCCGCCGCGGCUGCGGCCGCCGCCGCCGCCUCCUCGUCCUCCGCCCCCACCUCGGCGACCCCCGGAACCGCGCCGCUCAACGGCUUCCUCAGCUACGUGCAGUCGCGGGGCCUGGAGCUGAAGCCCGGGAGCUGCGGCGGCGGUUCAGGGGACGCCUUCGGGGCGGCGGCGUUGCUGGCCAGGGGCUCGUGGCCUCACCCCUCGGCGCUAGGCGGGGGCGGUGGCGGGGCCAAGGAAGCCGCGUCCCCGCCGGACCUGGCCUCGUCUCCGCGCUGCCCGCGGGAGUCCCCGAGCCUGACGGAGGCCGUAUACAGCAUCUACCGCGAGCGCUCGGGCGUGGCUGGCCGUCGCCGGGCCGCCGCCGCCGCCGCCGCCGCUGUGGCCGCUGCCGCCGCCGCCACCGCGGCCGCCAGCAGCGGCGGCAGCCCGGCGCCCUGCAGCCCACCCGAGAGCUGGGGGCGCCAGAGCACCGCCAGCUCCCUCGUGGGCUCUUCGCUGAGCGCCUUCGCGUUACUACCCUUGCAAGGGGACCGCGACGGGGAUGGGGACGGGGACGCGGAGGGCUUGAGCUGCAGCUGGCAGAGGCCGCCUGGGGAACGCGGCUCCCGGGAGAUCCCAAGGGGCGAGCUCGACCUGAGCUUGACCGACCUCCGCGGCGCCCCGGGCUGCUCGCGUUGGGCGCCCAGCGAGCUGGAGGAGCCCGAGGGCGCGGCGGCGGCGGCGGCGGCGGCGCGCACCGCCAGGGGGCAGGGUGGCCGCCUGCCCAGGACCGGCAGGUACGCCGCCCUGCGGCGCCGCAGCACUAGCGGGCUCCCUGACUACCGGGCGCCGCCGUCCCCCGAGCCCCCACCCUCCCCGCGCAGCGCGGAGCUGGACUCGAGCCUUCUGGCCCAAGCUGCCUCCCCCUCCCCGCCCCUGCGGCUGGAGGACUCGCCCCCCGCCAGGCCGGACUCGCCGAGCUCCCAGUCGGACGACCCUUCCUGCUGCAAUAAGGGCUACAGCCCCCUGCGGGAGGCUGGCACCUCUUUGGAGUCAGUUGUGCAAGCAGUAGCCAGUAAAAGUCCAGACUGUGAGGCCGCCACGGCCCCGGGUGUGGAGCCGAGCCCCCCGGAGGAUCCCAGCCAAGGGCCACCUAAGGCCCAGCCACCUCAGCCGGUGCAGAGGCAGUUUACAAACAAGGAGAAACUCUUUAUGAUUUCCCGGUCUCAUGCCAUAGGGGUAGAGGAUGGAGAUCUGGAAAGUACUGGCAUUUAGGGCAAGAGGGAGCAAGGGGGCGGGGGGGAGGGGUGGAGUGAGAAAACUGGGGAAAUGCCCACUCCAAUCGGCGAAUUUAACAUUUCCCUCUUUCCCUGUGGACUCAUCCGAGGAAAUCGUCCAAUACCCAAAGAGCUGCAGAAUGUUAUCCUUGAAUUGCGUUCACAAGAUUCCUGUAGAUAACUCCAAGCAAAUUUUUUUUUUUAAAGCCAGCUAGUCUUUUAUGUCCGAUGGUGAUUGUACGUUCCAUGAAAACCAAAUGUAUUAAAAAGUCAGCAAUCUAGUUCAUUAGAUAAAAUUCUCUUAAUUUUCUUAGGAUCAAAAUAAUAUAUUUUUGACAGUAACUGUGCACUUUACUCCAACUUCCCACUCCCCCCUCCCUUCAUUUCCCUAACCCUGUACUCUGCUGCUGGUUUUGUCCAUAGCUGCUUGUGAAUGACAAGCUUCCUUUCUCUUAUGCUUUUGUGGAGCAUGGAAGGGGUUGUCCGCAGUUCUUUUAGAACUGACCUUACUAGAGGAAGUCAAAGCCAGAAGCAGGAGUAUGUCAGGAAAGAGCACUUUCCUUGCCCUACCCCACACUGCUCCAAUAGCCCAAAGGCCUCUUUAUUUUUUAAAAGGGUAUUUACAUUUUGCUACUAGGGUAUCUGAUGGAGAAGGGGAGGGGCAGCAUCUAGAUGGACUGUUACAUUCCUAAAUUCACUCUACCAAGUACACGAUACUUUCUUGAGUAUUAUCAUACGUGUAUUGCAAAUAGCGUUAUUAAAAAUCUUUUUUUAAUAAAAGAAGUUUCCAAACAGUUAACCAUAAUAUUGCCUCCUUUUGCCUUGGAACUAAUGCUUCUAACACAUUAAACAUUUAACAGUUCAGCUGGUAAAAUCUAAAAUAUUUUGCUAUGACACUGUAAUAUGAUAGUAGGUAUCCGCCCCCAAAGUGCUCUGUGCUAUCAUGACUCCAUCCAUUUCCAGUAUAUUUUUAACUUUUAAAUACAGGGUAGUAUUGAACAUUUGGGAGUUUCUCUUUCAAAUAGAAUGAGACAUUAAAUAAAUAGUAAUUUUCUAUAAUACUUCUAGUUUACCUCAAAGUAUUAAUUUAUAGAGCACCAGGCUUAAUGGCCCCUUUUCAGAACCAUUUGACUUAUUUGGUUUUGACUUUAAGUUCAUGAUCUCAAAUCCAUGGCCUACAUAGGCUAAAAAGAUAAUGUUUUAAUAAUUUGGGAGAUUGUUUACAGUUGAUUUUAUUAAAAGUCGGCUACUUACUCUUUAAGAAUAGUAGACGAGGUACCAUUUUGAUGCCUCUUCCUUUGAAUGUGAGAGCCGAGAAUCUCCAGAAUGGUAUUACUUGCUUUUGGCCAUUUGGAAAUGAGGCCUCAUUGUAGGAGGCUAAAAUACAGAUUUUAAAGGAAAAAAAACAGCCAAAGAUGUCAUGUUUGGUCUCCCUGGGUGAAGCAGUGAGUGGGUCCAGUGGAAAGAGUGCAGAUUCAGGAGUGAGACUAGACCCCAGCUCUCAGCAUUUGCUAGCUGUGUAACUUUGAACAGAAAC